AAAAAUAUAUCCGACUUCAUCUCUAUGUCAUGCUAGAGGUAGCUUGACUCUGUGGUCUGUACGACAAAUAUUGUAGGUACAUGACUGCACCAUGAAAUUUUUCUGCUUUUCUUGCCAUUCGCCUCCAGGUAGCUGGAGGUGAGGUGAUGAACUUAGAAAUUCCGAUUUAACUGGUAUCCCCCCGAUUACCAAGCCACAGCUCAAAAGUCUUAAUGAGACUGCUGCUUUCACGAACAUGUUGUCCUUGGUCUUUACAACCGGUGAUACCGGCAGCGGCGGCAAGCCAUAGUAUGACAUUGUCGACAUUCGUAGAUGAAUACGGGCAUGACGUCACCACAUUCUUCGCAUUCGCGAGGUCCUCUCUUAGAAAACCAUCGGUCAUGUUGACACUCGUGGUUGUGUCUGAGAUCUUCCAUGAGUUGCUGGAUUCGCGUCCGUUGAAGGAUGUCAAGGGCUGGAAAUUGGAAUAUAGGCCGUUCUCGUGCAUGUUGGAAUACAGGCUGUUCUCGUGCAUGUUGGACUACUGGUUGCGCCGCUACCUCUUCUAUUUCACCUUCACUCUCAUCUUCACUCUCUUCCUCAAUUUCAUGUAUUAUGUCCUGCUGACGACGCUCUUGAUUCAAGGCCUGCUGCUGAGCCUGUUGCUGAGCCUGCUGCUGAGCCUGUUGCUGAGCCUGUUGCUGAGCCUGUUGCUGAGCCUGUUGCUGAGCCUGUUGCUGAGCAUGCUGCUGAUUGGCAACCGGGUGCUGAAAGGGUGGCCGACCAUUUAGAUGUAGUCGAAAAGGUAUCGGAUUUCCACGAGGUAUCACCUCCUCCGGAGCAUCCUCAACUUGGCCACGGGCAUCAAUCUGAGCAGCACGUGCGUACAGACGAUGUUCAUCCCAGUGC